CGACUGAGCGCACAUGUACGACAUCGCGCAUUUACGUUACAUAGUGGUUUAGUCGUGAGUUUAUUUAUAUUUGCCGAUAGGAAGCAUGUAGUUUGACAUUCUGUUGUUUGUAAGAGAAUCGUAAGACAUUUUUGAAAAGAAGAAGAAUAAACUGAUAAAGGAAUGUCAUCGUACAAGGACUGUUUCUCAAAUUUUCCUGUUUUAUUUAUGUCUACAGGAAUUUCAAGCCGAGUCGUAAAGAAACCUUUCUUCCUUACGCAGCACAACGCUGCCACAGCCCCGCUUCAUGGGUGGUAAUGGGGCCGAGGUCCAUCGGCGACUGCCCGUUAUUGACCGUCAGAUUGACCUUUUUCUCUUUGUUGAUUCUUUUCCUCAUAAUAGCCAGCAACUUUGAAAACAUAGCUGCCUCCUCUUGUAGGGUUGAGUUGUGUUCGAUCCAGUUUAGACGUGCCAUCCAGGCUCAGACAGACUUACCCUUAGAAGAUCUAAGUUAUUCGCGCUACCACUAUUGUACAGUUUUACGUAGUUAUGCUGAUUGCAUCAGGGCCACAGCCCGCAGUUGUCGUGGUGAUCUAAGUUACCAUUCAAUAUACACACUGGUAAUGCAGUGGUUAGACAAAAAAAACUGCACUAUUAUCACUGCAAAAGAAAUGCCAGAGCAUCCACAGAAACAACCCUUGAAGCCAAAACUGUUGGUCCCUUCAAAAUGUAAGUUCAGAAGCAGUCACUCUGGUCCAGUAAAGUUUAGUCAUUGUGGACUGUUUGGGGAUCCACAUCUUCGAACUUUUUAUGAUGAAUUUCAGACGUGCAGAACAUUAGGAGCUUGGCCGUUGAUCGACAAUCCAUAUAUAGCAGUUCAAGUAACUAACAAACAAGUUUCUCCAGAAUCUAAAGCAACAGGUACUACAAAGGUUACUGUUCUGAUUCGGGAUCAUAGGCCUUGUACCAAAGAGAAAACGUAUGAAGCCGAGACUAACAGCUUGCCCAAGGUAUUUGUUGACGGUACUAACGGAACGAUUAACGACGCCACUGUUUUCAUUGAAGACAAGGAACCUGGUACACAUGUCGAGAUUCAUGCCCGUCACAUGUCGACUCAUAUUAUCAUCAGACAAAUUGGGAAAUACCUUACUUUUGCCAUAAAAAUACCCGAGGAAAUUGCAAGGCUAGGUGAAGGAAGUGAAGCCUUACAAAUGUGUUUAAAAGGUUGUCCACAACGUGAACUUAUAAACUAUGGCCAGUUGGUUCAUGUUGCAAUGCCCGUGCAGGAAGCAGUAAACAUUUGUACAAAAUGGAAUGCCACAGACUUUUACUUUGAUGCCUGUGUUUUCGAUUUGAUAACUACAGGGGACAAAAGUUUUAGUAAAGCAGCCGGCGAUGCCCGAAGAGACGUUUACUAUCUAAACCCCUCCUUUGCCAGGGGCAAGAAUCGAACGUACUUUCUCCGAGAAACUAUAGGCUACUCCGACAAUGGAACACCAGAGAACAGCGCACCCGGGAGGCCGUUGAUUCAGUUUGUCAUAGUAAUAUGUUUAUGGUUGUCAUUUUGUAAAGUGAUUGUGUAAAUAUAAGUUUUGGCAGCAAAACAUUGUAAAUAUGUUACCCAAGAUAGAAUAUAGACAGAAGACAUUGUAAAUAUAUUACCCAAGAGUGAAAAUGACCACUAAAUAGUGUAAAUAUAUUACCCAAGAAAGAGAAACGUUUAACAAACCAAGAACUAGUGAAAUAGAACUAUACGGAGGAAUGAAUUGAACCUCGUAUGUCACAAUAUACAAGGUCAGUAACAGUCAUUAGUAGCCAUGUGUUACACAUUUUUAUUAAGUGUUGUAGAACUAUAACAUGAUUUGUGUGACUUCAGUACCUGUCAUAUUCUUUAGCCGAGGUUAGUUUUAAACUAUAAUUGUCACAGGUUCGCUUACACGUGUUCUAAGUUGUUUAAAGUAUAUUCUAACCAACAUCAGUGUUGUGAUAAUUCUCACCUCUACCUACAAAUAACCUUCAGGAGAAACUCUAAUUUUUUGUGCUAUAACAAUAUAAAUUUUCAGUCAACUUCCAAUUUAAUUAAUGUGCUCCAAAAUUGUGAAGGGAAAAAAACAUAUCUUCUGUUCAAAAUAAUAUUAUCAAGUGCCAAGAACAAUGCAGAAAUGUGUGUAAUGAAAUAUUAACUUAUUUCCCCUUUUAUUAAUCUUCUUUCAUUUAUCACUUAUCAAUAACAUAUUUGAGUUAUAAAUGUAACAAUUUAUAUACCGAGGUCAAAUAUUUUAGUAAGAUAAUUUUCAAAUAUAAAAAGUGUAAAAGUACAAGUUUUGUUUUAUUAUUAUUUCAACGUUUCGCCUUACAGCUUCUUCGGUAGUGUUCUACUAAAAAGAAUGAUGUUAUAAGGUCGUUUAUUACUAGAAAUAAAAUAUUUAUAUUUUCAAUAUACACGACAGAAAUUAACAAAAGACUUUGAGUAUAAUACCCGAAGAAUUUGUUAAACAUUAAACACCACAGCGUAAACAUUAACAAAUUAAUUAAAAUAUUCAACAUCAUGCAGAGGCCGGGCGUGACAAGUUUGUACCCGAAGAAUUUGUUAAACAUUAAACACCACAACGUAAACAAUAAAUUAAUUAAAAUAUUCAACAUCAUGCAGAGGCCGGGCGUGACCAGGUCGUUAGCGUGUCGGAUUGUAAGCCGAGGUUCCAUAGUUCGUGUCCCGUUGUAGGUCAGGUACCACUAUUCCAUUAGAAUAACCGAGGAAUUGGUGGUAGGUGCUGUUGGGUAACUAUCUUUCCUCUAGAAUUAACUAUACACUAAACAAACAGUAUUAUAUAAAGGGAUUUUAGUGGAAUUUCCCUCGAGACCUGUUGAAAGAUUCCGCGUUGCCCUGAUUUAUCAAUAGCUUCUAAUGAAAGAAAACUAAUUACACAUUAAUUAAUGUUAAGGGAAAUAAAAAAAACGUGUUCUUCGUGAAGGGAUAUCUCAAAUGUGUAGCCAUUUCUACUGUUCUUGAACACUACUAAUUAAACUAUCUUUGAUUACUGUUGAAAAGUUCAUAUAUUUUACUGUUUCUGAAAUAUUCAGUUACGUUUAUACAGGAUACGUCUACUCAACACGAAACGUUUCUAUAUUAACUUGCUAGCUAGGCCAGGCAUAUUUACUGAUCAUUUAGUACAACACAAUUCUCGUUUCCCGCCAACGCCCACCUAAGUUCUAUACCUGCGCUACCGCAAGGCCGAGAGUGGUACAAAAAAUGCCAGUUUCCCCUACUCGUAAUAAUGGGUCUGAUCCAUCUCUGGAGUAUAGCAUCUGGGGUCCAUUCAUGAAGAACGUUUGACGCGGGUCGUACCCCCCAUUAAAAUAUCUCCACCUAAAGCUUGCACUUGUUCUUAAAAUGUUACAAACUGGAAAUCUGUGUUUGAGAAUGUACAUUUUAACACGCUUGGCUCCUUAUAUCCUCGGGGAAGUCUAAAAGAGAAAAGUGACUGAAUAGCAAGUAAAGAUAAAACAGACGAACAGAUUAGCGUAACAGUGAGAAUAGGAAAGAGAUAAGUUGUGUUGUAUUACAGAUCAGAUAAUCUUUAGUGUGUUAGUAAGUAUAUACGUAGUUUAACAAAUGUUACUUUAUCAAAGGAUUCAGCACAGGAAAGUAAUUAUUAAAUAAACCACGGUGUGAUAUUAUUACACGAUCCUCUUUUUGUGGUGUAAUUUAGGUCAAAUAGAUAUCUCACCUCGGCUUAUCUGUGCCAUUUUGUAAAAAAGAAAAGAGUAAUUUAUAACUACCAUAUGCAACAACAUUAGAUUUUUUAAAAUUAUGUUGAGCUAACUGAAGUAUCAUAGAUAUAUUCCCUCCACCCACAGCGGAAUGUCUGCGGACUUGCGACGCUAGAAACCGGGUUUCGAUACACGUGGUGGGCAAACAAACAAAUAAAAAUAUUUGAUAAAUUAAUCGUGAGUUGUUACGAACUCUAAGAUUAAAAACUGUUACUACCAACAUUUAAGUAUUUCACCUUUUUUUUUACUCUAUUUUAACCUAUCUCAAAGUUUUGUUUUUAAGGCCACAGUUGCAUAAUAAGCUGUAUGUGUGCUUAAAGCAUCGAUCGAAUUCUGAAUUUUAGCAUUAUCAGCCUUCAAGUUUACCAUGGAACCAGCGAGGUCAUCCCAAAAUUAAACAUUUUUAUUUGAUUGUUGACUUACCACAUCAGAUUCUAAGAUGUGUUAAUAUAUGAAGGUGUUAAAUUGAAACCUGAUUAACAAUUAAUCGAACAAAUACAUCAGAUUUGACAUUAACGUAUUUCAUGUACUCGUUACGUCACAACGUUACGUCACAAUGUGAUCUGUUCUAGAUAUAAUUUACACUCUAUUUACGUUGUUUUAAAAUAUGAUGGACAGUUACACGUUUAAUAUAUUUGUUUUUUAACUAUCUUGUAAAAGUACCAACAGAUUAAUUAUGAUUGAUAGAAACUGGAUAUAAUUAUAGUACCAAUGUGGUUUACUGAGAAGAUAAUAAAAUAAUCUAACAAUAACGUAAAUUGCCCUAGAAAAUCAAAACUAUUAGGCCAAACUUUGUAUUUAUACCUUUUGCUUAGCACAAAUAAUCCCUUGUAGUUAAGACUAAACCUACACAACCGGCAACCUGUGGUCUACCCACCGCGGGUAUUGAAACCCGGUUUGUAGCGCUGUAAGUCUGCAGACAUGCCACUGGGGGACCACUCUAUGGGACAAAACUGCAUUAGGUAUUUGUAUUACGGCUUUCUGAGCAAGGAAACAUUUAACUGAUUUUCAUUAAUUAAAACAUUACUUAGUAGGUGCGGUAUGUUACAGAUUAAUAACUAAUAACUUUGUCAGAUUAUAAACAGUUGCAGAAAAACUGAACGUGGUGGAAGUCCUUUGGGAUCCUACCUAAGUUUAUCUUUAGUAUAACGUUAUUAAAUUAUCAAGCCAUAUAUAUAAAUAAAAGCGCCAUCUAACGUCUGUUUUUAGACCUCACAUUACCUUUUUACUAAUAGUAUGUUUUACGUUUUAUUGUAAUAUUCAAAACAUUUUUUUUGUCGGGUAUCUAACGUUUCUUUAUGUAAAUUUCGAGAUUUGUGUGUAUUGUUUUGUAAUAAUGUAUUGUAGAAAUUUUAUCCAAACUGUAUAUUUUCUAAAUUAUUUAGAACUUGGCCAGAUGUAACAUUGUACGUAAUUAUAAAUAUUUUUCUCGAGGUUUUAUGAAAAACAAUAAUAAAUAUUCGGUAUUAUAUAAUGGA